UUUUAAAGUAUUAAAAAAUGUAACAUUAAUCAAGACAAACUUACAAAAUAAAUGAUUUGUCAACAGAAUUUUUCUAUAGUAGUCUGACAGGAAAAUAUUAGUCCCGUCUGACUUUUGUGAAUUUGCUCGCUCUAAUUUCUGUCCGAAUAAAAAAAAUAGUUUACUUUUGAUGUUUCGGUUCUACAAGUUAUAUUCGUUGUACAUGAACAACAUGACCAGUGGCCUGACGAGGCCUCGGGAAUGGUGCCUGUGCGAGAAGCUGCCACGAGCGAUGCUUCACAUUCCAGUGAACCGUCAACUGCUCUGCGAGGUGUGCGGUUUGGCCAGACGCCCUGAAGCCGGGCACGGUUCGUCCAGCGAUGAGCAUGCAGAUAUAGGCACCAAACACAAACAGAAUCUCCUGGAGCAAUCUAACACCGAGGAGCCCAAAAAAUGUCAAGUGACUCGGGUAAAGGUUGCCAUUAAGGCCAAGAAACCCAAAUCUAAAGGCGGUUGCAGGAUGAACUGCGUCAAGUGUGGCUUGGCCAGAGCAGAAGCUGGACAGGAAGGUACUGCUGGAGUUCAGGAGGGCAAAAUCAAGUUUUACUCUGGACGUCAUGGGUUGCAUUCUAAACCAAAAAGGAUUCCCCGUCGUCAGCAGGAACCUACAGCACCGCCUCCAUCAUCGCCGUCUGUUUCGUCAGCAUCAUCAUCAUCGUCGACUUCUCCUUCGCCAUCACAACCUGCUCUACCACCACGAUCAGAGAUGCCGAACUUAGUGGCCAUGCCCCACAAUGUAUUCAGCCAGACAAACAACCUACGUCAGAGCUAUAGCAAUCUAUUUGUAAGCAACUUUAUACCAUUGGAAAGUCCCAUUACGGAUACCUUCGGAGGAGCAAUCUCCAAGAGAAGCAGGAACAGCUCUCGGCCACCACGCUUACACAGGAGUCGCCCGUUACCACCUCUAUCCAAAGUCCUAAGCAAGAUCGUGGACAGCAGAAAGUCGGUAGAUACCAGGGAGAAGGGCGGUGGAUUACAACCUACCAAGUCUAAGGAUGCGAUGGAUAUUGAUAACGAGCUGGCCAGUCAGUUUUGCCCCUUUGACCAUUACGACGGUCCAUCAGAGGAUGCUCUUGUUGUUAAUGGUGCCCAAUACCUUCUUGACCGGCCCAAAUCAUUGUACCUUGAACCUCGUCAGGAUUUACCCAACAAUCGUAUCGAAUCCUUGAACUUAAAAUUAAACCCUAUAGCGACUUCUGACAACUUUUCAAGCAUGUUUUUUAUGACAAAUUCAGUACGUAAAAAUUUAAUGAAGUCCAUUAAUCAAAUUGGAUUUGGUUGUAUUAGCAAAAACAGUUUGAAAAGCAACUUUACAUAUAACCCGUUCAAUCAACAGCAGACCGUUCAAAAAGAUAUAGCAAAAUCCGACGAGCCAGCGGCCGAGAGAUCCCUUUUAUUCUCCUCUAUUAUGGAACAAGUCUUCUCACAGGCAUCUAAAAGUUUAGCUGGUAACACUGCGGAUAACAAAAUCGAUAACAGUCAAAAAAUCGAAGAAGAAGUGAAUCAGACUGUAAACAAUAUGUUCAUCAAGGACUCUGAAGCGGCUCCUUUGUUAAGUGAUGUGUCAACUGACCAAUCUGUAUAUCCCUCAAAUAAAACAAAGCCCUCUCAAGAUUAUUCCAAUGUCUUAUCAACAGCACUUACUAAUUCUAGCUGGGAACGGGAACUUACAACAAAAGAUGAGUCUUCAAAUAACACAGAAGAACAACGUGAUGGAUCCAAAUCUACAAUUUCAAAGUGCGGUCGCUGCGGAAAAAAGAAUUCUGAAUUAAGGAUGAAAGAGAGCAGAAUUCCUAGAAAAUUGAAUGAAUCCAUCAAAAAAUGUACCAAUCAAAUCGACAUAGGUAAAAGAAUUGGAAUGACACUAAAGGAAAGUCUUAAUAGAGUAAGUGGUCUUUCUGGAAAACAAGAGUUAUUAAAGCAGUAUCAGGAAAAGGGGGUUUUCCCCAAUCAAAGAGAUCUGGAGGAAGAGCCUCUAGGAAACACUGUAAAAACUUGCCAUAUCCGUACUUUGGCAUCACAGACUCCUUGCAAUAUUCAUCAUUGUGUUAAAAACUCACCAAACACUUUUCGACCUAAACAAAGUAAAAUGGAAAAUAUUAUAGGUCAACCCAUAAUAAAUGUGCCACCAAGAAACACUUCUCCCGAAAAACAAGAGGAUCCCCUAAGAAGCCAAGCAAAAGUUACACCCUAUAAUGCGAGCUUCGUCAGGUCGCGUAUACCUGUAAACAACCGUCGAUAUAAAGAACCUUCAAUCAAUUGGGCUGUGAUGAAAACAUUCGAGACGGUUUUUCAUAUGUGCCAAGAGAUCCCAAAGACGCAGGUUGCCACCUUUGUAAGUAAAUUAAUAAAUACUGGCAAAGUUAUUGUCAGCUAUAUUAAGGAAAGUCUUACGGAUCAACCUCCUAUGACCUUCUAUGAGUUUCGUAUGCCCGACAUUAAUAUUAAGGAACUGGAAUCGUAUCGAGAUCAGAGGCAAUUAGAGGAUGGUAGUAGCGGAAAUUUAACCCCAUUACCCCAGUUAGCAACUCCCACGGUAAAAAGUCAAUCUAUAAGGCAACGUAGAAAACAUAAAACACGUGGUCUACCCGUUUGGCCAUCCCAGAAACUAAAAUGCCGUCGUCGUAAGAUCCAUUACGAAGAACUUGAAUUCUCGAUCAAAGCACAACAAAAGAAAAUCUUGGGAGAAACAAGUAAAACUGUGCUCCAGCAGAAGAAAAUUAUUCACCAAAAGGAAGUGAUAUCUGAAAAUAUUUGUCAAUCUGAUAUUUUCUGUGACAUGAAAGCAGCGAAAGACAUUAUGUCGAAACCAAUUAAAUUAAUUAUUCCCAAUUCUGACUUAACCAAUACGCAGGAAGACUUUCAAUUUGAACUCGUAAAGUCAAAUAAUUUAGGUGAAAACUUUAAAAAUAAACGAAAAGAAGAAGCUCUGAAUAUAGAACCCAAAAUGGAAAUUAAAACCAAAACCACAACUACUACGGCAUGCAAUAAAAAACUACAUUUAAAAGAAAUGAAAGAAGUUCCCAAAUAUGAAUCCCAAAACUGUUCUUCAAAAGUGAGUGAUGGCAUCAGAAAAGAAAUUGACAAAUCAAUUAAACUCAAGCUUAAGAAAAUGAUGAGCAAACCCAUAAAGCUGCUUAAUUCUACACAAACUGAAUCAGUUGUGAAUUUUUUGGAACCAGUUGCUAAUAAAUUAAGCGGUUCCGAAGAACAUGAUAAAGAUUAUUCACAAGAAAUAUUAAAUAUACGCCCGAAGGAGAACAGCCUUUAUUAUACAGAAGAAAGUAGAAACAAAGAUUAUGAAACAAAUACAGAUAACAUUGAUAGCAUAUCAAGAGCAUCAAAUUUUACUUCAGUUGUCACAAAGAAAGCAAACAGUUUUCCAGAAAAUAAAGAAAGUGAUAUAAAAUCUUCAAAAAGCCAUUCGAGUUCGUUAUCUAAAAAAUUAAGUGUGUUCCAAAAGCCACUUCGUCUUAUAACUAACAAGUCGUCUUCUGAUGACUAUGACUUCCUAACUAGCUUUCUUUCUAAUGAAUCAAGGACAGAAACUUAUUCUGAUGCCGCCUCAGAAGCAACAAUAUCUUAUAGAACUACUGAAUAUGAAGGACUGCCGGCUCUUAACUGGCAAGUAAUCUCAAUGGGAUCAGGCAAACCAAACGAAACUGUUGAAGAUAAAUUAGAAUUAACGAUGGAUGAAGAGUUUUCCUGUCCUAUACACAAGUGCGAAUCCAUUUUGAAGUCUAAUACAUUCGCUUCUCAUUUUGAGCGAUUUCAUAAGCAUAUGAACACAAAAUCUUUUCUACCUCAAGAAUAUUGCCAACGAGUAGUGCAAGGAUUACCAAAGCAGUUUUACUUUGAUGGUGCCCUUACCAAAGGCAACUCUUUUGUAUCUCUUCUAUAUUACAGUAGUAUUAAUAAGGACACAUCAUCGCAAAAUCGUGAAAUUCCUUUGGCCCUACUAGCUGCUCCUAAAGAAGUAAACGAUGAGCCAUAUACUGACAUCUUCUUUUGGGUAGUGAGUUAUCCAUUAUCUUCGAAACUUCAGAUCAAGCUUACAGUCUUCGAUCCAUUGGAUAAGCAUUGGUCGGAGUAGGGUUAUAAAACCACGAGAUAUAUCGCAAAGCCAAGAUCCACUAGGGUUCCACUCCACUUCCAAGAAUCACUUACUGAUCAAAGUUCCUCAUAAAAAGCAAAGGAGCUU